AUGGAGUACCUUUACAGCCAGACUGGCAAAACACUUACUCCAGUGCUCCAGAACCCAGAGGAGGAAGACAGGCUGGUGGAGGAAGUUGAUGAUCAGGACCUGCAAGAUGAGGGGUUUGAGGAAGAGAUCAUGGAGGACAUCACAGUUCCAGUGCUGUAUGAGGAUGACCCUUGCCGUGAUCUUGAAAACAGCCCCUCAUCUUUGCCUCUGCAUCAGUCCCCAGCAUCGAUGGCUGAUGUGUCACUGGCUGAGCCGUCCACAUCAACAUCUCCUGGUGGAGAACAACAGCAUCUUGCCCCUGCCCCUUCAGUACUGUCACAGUCAUCUGACACUGGAAGCAAUAUUUCCGACGAGGCUCAGGGAGCAGUCAUUGGACCCGAUGGCAUCGCUGGGUGGGACAAGGUCCAGGAUUUGGCUGGUUACCUGGUGGGUCUUCGUGAGGCUCCUUACCUUACUGACCAGCAGGUGACAGAGGCCAUCCAGCUGUGGACAGCUCUCCUAGAUUUCGAUAAGCAACGGAUCAACUAUCAGCCUCGACAUCAGCCUCAGUUGACACAGGGGCGCUAUAAGGCACCGAAGCGGUCUGGAGUCACACCAGGUGUGGAGAGUGUGAAACGGUGUCUGAUUGGACAUCCUGGGGGUCCAGCGCAGUGGCCCGACGCCAACCGCUUGGUUAAUACCAUUUGUAUGAAGUUGUGUGCUUUACACAAGUCGCCAACCAAGAAAGAUGGAGUUUGCACCCCCAGGUGGUCUAAAGUUCUUUCAGAUUACCACCACAUCCGAGAGUUGGUGCUUAACAAUCCCACUCUGAUGGAUGAAACAACGAUCCAGCUGUUUGAGAUAAACCAUAGGACACUCACUCAGUGGUUUCGUAAGUGGAAGAAUAGACAGGAAAUGGGCGUCCUCGGUCAGGGUCUGACUCCAUCUAACCCAAUUGCUGUGGCUGAUACGCACCUGCCUCCACCGAGGGAAAAAUUGAAUGAAGUGCCAUCGACAUCAGGCCCAAAACAUCAAUUUUUCCUUCCACCAAAUCGUGAAGGACAGGCUCCUCUUCUGCGACCAGGUCGAAAGCCAGCUGCUGCCACCAGGGAGUUUCCCAUUGCAUCCGCCCCCACAGCAUCAGGAGUUGUGCAGCCCAUCGCACCUGCCCCCACAGCAUCAGGAGUUAUGCAGCACAUUUUGGCCCCCAUCGCACCCGCCCCCACAGCAUCAGGAGUUGUGCAGCCCAUUUUAGCACCCAUCGCACCUGCCCCCACAGCAUCAGGAGUUAUGCAGCACAUUUUAGCACCCAUCGCACCCGCCCCCACAGCAUCAGGAGUUGUGCAGCACAUUUUAGCACCGGGGUUGUCGUUUGGCACGGUAGUCUUUAAUCCAGACAUGACUGUGUCAGUGGUGAUUCCACCUUCUGGUGCUUCGACAUCCAGUGCAGUCCCAGCUCCGCCUGCUCCGGCGUCUGCUGCACCUGUGUCCCGUUACACGCAAAGGAACAGGCGCCGACGGGCUAUGGAGAAUGAAAGUGGUGUCCAGAAGAGGAAGUAUGUGCGAGGGGUUACUUUUAACACGUGCAGCAAAUGUGGGCAGCCCAAAACGAAAUCUGGCGCCGUGUAA